AUGCUCUCUCGCGCUGCUGCAUUUCCCCUGUCACUCUCGCUGUCGCUGUCCCUCUCUGUGUCGCUAUCGCUGCUGGCAGCCCUGCACCUGGUCACAUCUCCGGUCGCCUCCGCCCUCUUCCAUGAGCAGGUCGCCUUCGACAACUCGGACGUAUGCUGGUGGGGCUUAGUUCCCCCAGACCUCGUCUGUCCCGUCCUGAGACAGCAGAACCUCACCGACAUUGUCAACAGCCUCGCCGGGCCCCCAAGAUGGACCGGAGGUGACCAGUGUGUCGGCGCCUACUGCCUCUACUCCAGCAAAGGCUUCGCCGGCGGCAGAGGCAUCGCCGCCAUCACCACUGCCGAGAACAUUGCCAAGGUCAAGGAGGUCGGGGACCUGCUGCAUCAAUUCGAGGUCUCAUUCAACAAUGAAGACGAGAACCUGCCCUUCCAUGUCGCAGAGGUCGAGGGUAAAGGAAAUGGUGUCAUUGCCAACCAUCGCCUCUCCCGGGGCGAUCCCAUCAUGGCUCACACCCCUGUCCUGCUCAUCCACCAGGACUUCAAGCAGGAGUCUGAUCAGGACGGGCAAAAACACCUCCUCGAUCUAGCGCUGGAAUCGCUCCCUGAACAGACUGCGAGCCUGUUCAUGGGACAGAUGGCCCACAACCCUGACGAGCACCCCGUCGCAGCCCGUCUCACCACCAAUGCCUUCCGGCUCGAUCUGGGCGGCGGUGAUGGCCAACACUACGGUGCCUUCCCCGAGGUGGGCAAGACCAACCAUGACUGCCGCCCCAACGCCGCAUACUAUGUCGACCAGUCAACUCUGAUGCAUAUCACUACCGCUGUGCGACCCAUCAAGGCCGGCGAGGAGAUCACCAUCACUUAUCUGGACCCCUUAGCCCAUCGCGCCGACAGGCAGGAGCGCGCCCAAUCCCACUGGGGCUUCGGUUGCACCUGUCCUCACUGCAGCGCCACUGCUGAGGAGAAUGUCGAGUCGGACACCCGCCUCAAAGAGAUCAAGUGGAUCGAGGGUCAGCUAGAGGAUCUCAAGAACAGCUCCAACGAUGUCUCCGUCGGGCUGAUCACGUAUCUGGUGAAGCUGUACGAAGACGAAAGGCUUCACUGCCGCAUCGCCAAUGCGUAUAUUCUGGCUGCCCUGAACUUCAAUGUGCUGGGGUACGACCAGCGCGCUGUUAAGUAUGCCGCCUUGGCCAUCGAUGCUUUGAAGAUCGAGAAGGGCGACGGUUCCCCAUAUGUCGAGACCAUGGAGGAACUCAAGAGGGAUCCGAAGAAACACCCCACUUUUAAGGGAAGAGGCAAGCAGGGUGGGAAGUGA